UGCAGUUGUGACAGGUGACCAGAAGUAUCUGCGAAAAGGAAGGAAGUGUGCGGUAAUUAUGGAGAGGCCUCCAGUUCAACACGGAGCUGUUUGUGGUCCGUGGGACAUGAAAGACCGCCUAGGAACAGGAGGUUUCGGAAAUGUAUGCUUGUAUCAGAAUCGGGAAACAGGAGAGCUGAAAGCCAUCAAAUCUUGUAGGCUGGAGUUGAGUGUGAAAAACAAAGAAAGAUGGUGUCAAGAAAUUCAGAUAAUGAAGAGGUUAAAUCAUCCAAAUGUUGUGAAAGCUUGUGACGUUCCACCGGAGAUGGACUUCCUUGUUAAUGAUGUCCCUCACCUAGCCAUGGAAUACUGCGCUGGCGGAGAUUUGCGAAAGCUUCUAAACAAACCAGAAAACUGCUGUGGUCUGAAGGAAAGUCAAGUGCUAAAUUUAAUAAGUGAUAUAGGUUCUGGAAUACAGUAUCUGCAUGAGAACAGGAUAAUACACAGAGACCUCAAACCAGAAAACAUAGUGCUGCAAGAAUGUAAUGGAAAGACUGUUCACAAAAUCAUUGACCUGGGAUAUGCCAAAGACUUGGAUCAAGGAAGUCUUUGUACAUCCUUUGUAGGAACGCUACAGUAUCUGGCUCCUGAACUCUUUGAGAACAAACCUUACAGUGUUACUGUUGACUAUUGGAGUUUUGGCACCAUGGCUUUUGAGUGCAUAGCAGGCUUCAGACCAUUUCUACACAACAUGCAGCCGUUCACCUGGCAUGAGAAGAUUAAGAAGAAAGAUCAUAAACACAUAUAUGCUUAUGAAGAGAUGUCUGGAGAAAUUAGAUUCAGCACAAGUCUGCCAGAACCGAACAAUCUUUGCAGCAUAAUUGUAGACAAGAUAGAGACAUGGUUGCAGCUUUUGUUAAACUGGGACCCUGUGCAACGGGGAGGAGGAAUAGACUGUGGUCGUCCAAGAUGUUUCAUGCUGAUGGACCAGAUCUUCAGCUUGAAGAUUGUGCACAUUUUGAAUAUGACAUCUGCCAAGAUUCAUUCUUUUCACUUGCAACCUGAGGAGAGCCUACACACACUGCAAUCUCGUAUCGAGAGAGAGACUGGCAUUAGCACGUGUAAUCAAGAGUUGCUUCUAGAGAUGGGUGUAUCUCUUGAUCCAAGAAAACCAGCAUCCCAAUGUGUUAUAGAUGGAGUGAAAGGAUGGGAUAGCUAUAUGGUGUAUUUGUUUGAUAAAAGCAAAACUGUUUAUGAAGGACCUUUUCAAUCAAGGAGUCUUUCAGAAUGCCUCAAUUACAUAGUACAGGACAGUAAAGUCCAACUCCCCAUUCCUCAACUGCGUAAAGUAUGGGCUGAGGCUGUUCAUUAUGUUUCUGGCUUGAAGGAAGAUUACAGCCGCCUUUUCCAGGGCCAGAGGGCUGCUAUGCUCAGCCUUCUGCGCUUCAAUACUAAUCUCACCAAGAUGAAGAACACCAUGGUGUCUGCUUCACAGCAGCUAGAUGCAAAGUUGCAGUUCUUCAAGCGAAGCAUUGAGAUUGACUUGGAACGGUAUAGUGAUCAAAUGGCCUAUGGAAUCUCUUCAGAGAAAAUGUUGCGAGCAUGGAAGGAAAUGGAAGAUAAAGCGGUUUGCUUUGGUAAGGCUGGAGAGAUUCAUUUCUUAGAUGAGACUAUAAUGGGACUUCAUACAGAGAUAGUAGAACUGCAGAGGAGUCCUUGUGCCCGUAGACAAGGAGAUGUGAUGGAGCACCUAGAACAAAGAGCAAUGGAAUUAUACAAGCAGCUGAAGCCUCGUUCUCCAGAUAAAGCAUAUAGUGACAGCACUGAAAUGGUGAAAAUUCUUGUACAGACAGUGCAAGGACAAGACAGAGUUCUAAAGGAACUAUUUGGUCAUUUAAGCAAGCUUCUAGGUUGCAAGCAGAAAAUCAUUGAUCUGCUUCCUCAGAUUGAGAUGACUGUGAAUAACAUCAAGGAAGCAGACAGUUCGCUCAUGCAAAUGCAAGCCAAGCGACAGAGGGAGAUAUGGCAUUUACUAAAAAUAGCAUGUACUCAGAGCUCCACCCGUUCCUUGGUAACUGCAAGUGGGGAAACACCAAUUACCUCUCGCACAUCAGCCUGGUCUGACCAAAGCUCUCCACAGGCACUUUUCUCCAUGCUAACAUCUAAAGACAAGGGCAGAGAAAUAUUGAGGCAUACUAUUGACAAAAACACAGAUUAUCAGAAACUGCUGAGCAACUUAAUACUGCAGACACAAACAACAAUGGAGCAAACCAGCUUAAUGAGUAUGGAUUUCAGCUGGCUAAACCAAUGAUUUGUGAAACAUUUUUGAAUGGACACAAAGCUUCCAACCAUCUCCACUUUUAUAUAGGUUGCGCUACUGAACUGAAAAACUCUAAGGUGGCAGGGGUAAUAGUAGCCUCCUUGUGACUUGCUAUUGGGAUUUAAUUUUUGAUACUAGAGUCUCCAUAAUUUUCCCAAGACCAAAAAAAUAUUUGUUAUGUAGACUGCAACUCUGUAUUUUCACUGAGGAACGAUAAUGGAUCUUUCCCUCCCUCAUAGCAAUAUCCCUCCCUUUUACAGAAAGGGUAAAAUUAAAAGUUGAAUUUCUCACGUAGAGCUAUCAAUAAAAGAAUAAAUAAA